AGGAACGUUUAGGGAAAGUGGGUACAAGAAAAGAUGCUUACUGCACAUAAUUACAAAAUACAAUUACAUUAAAAUCUUCGUCCUUGCCAACCCCAUGCAAAAACAGUUACAUCAUUCACAGCGGUUUUGAAAGCACCUAUAAUUCAACAUAUACAACGCAAAAAUACUUUGAACGUCCUUAAACAUGAUAUUACCAGAAUUGGUCCACAAUGCACAUUAUUUUUACCCCAUCCUUUUUUAUUUCAGUGGGGUCUCAUGGAGUUCAACAUGAUUGUGUAGUCAGAUCAGAUAACACGAUUGAGCACUAAUCCUGUAAUGUCAGCCUUAGCUUUACCUGUGAUUCAUGUAUCUCCUUUAAGAAUGUAUCUAUCAAAGUGCACUUUUCUUACCUUAUUUUAUUACUUUGUCAACUUAAUUAUGAGUGAUAUCAUCCACUCCGACCACUGGCUCAUAGGCCUUUUUCACAGCGCACAUUUUGACUUGUCAUAGAAGGAAAAGUACAGGUGUUACUAAAAACAUUAACAAUGACUCUGUUGUAUCCAAGUGUCCCAGUAAGUCAUGACAGCGAGGCAGUGAGGCAGCAUGCACAAUACCAGGACCCUGAAACCCUGAAGCAAUUCAGCCAUCAUUAAUUAUUAUUUACACCUGUUAUUUAACUACUGUUAACUACUGCAUGUCAAAAUGUCUUCAGUGGAAAAUGCCUGAGGUGGCUCAUGGUGAAUAUGAAGGUGCAUACAGCUUUACAGCUCUCUCCUGCUUCCAUAGCAUCAUCAUCACACCUGAAACCAGUGAACUGCUGAAGCACUCUGAGUUUCUUGAUAAUCAUGGCGGAUAAAUGUCUAAAAGCUCAGCGUCAGAAGGUUGGAUUGAGGGUCAAAAAGUCCAGCAGCUCCUGAGGCCUUCAUCUCCGACUCAAAAAUGGGGGCUUUCCUCUCUGGGAAGAAGGUCUUGGUGCCGCAGACUCAAGAGUUGUUUAUGCGCUGACGAGACCGCGUUGAGUAUUUGGUCCACAGGUAGAGUUGGAGCUUACAGCAGCAGCAAAUUGAGAUGGUCGAGACAGAGCCCAGUUCUGUUCCCCAGAUAUUUAGUCUCUUGAGCUCUUAAUCAGACUUCAAAGUAUUACAUUUAUACAGAUCCCCACUAGGAGAAUUAGCUGAAUGAGUGUGUGCAUCAAAUGCAGAGAGAAACACUGAUCAUCGUGAUAUAGUUUUUAGAUUUAGGGUUCAUAUAUCUAUAAGCACAUCUAAAUAACAAAACAGUUUUUGCAUCUGUUCAUCAGACAUACAGUAUUUGAUGCUAAGCAUUUACAAUGCAAAUUAGCAUUUCUUUUCAUCGAAGGUCAUAAACACAAUACGCAACAACAUGAGCAUCUAUUUUAUGGUGUGGACCAGGCGCUCUGUGACUGCACUAGAUGACACCAGUGAAAGGAAAAAGCCCAAAGCUUGUCUGUAUUACCACCCGCUGGAUUCAACAGCUCUCUAACAAGCGUCCAUUCAAUGUGUAGCACAAAGCAACAGCUCAACAUUUUGGGACAUAAACGUAUUCACUUUCUUGCUAAGGGUUAGAUGAGAAGAUCAAUACCACUCUUAUAUCGGUACGCGGCACAUAACCCCCAUAAAACCUUUAUGUGUUUUUGCUAAAAUAUAAAAAGCGAACGAGUGUCUUGCUUUAUCCCUUGUGGACUAGUCUAUGGUUUUGAUCUAUUUAAUUUAGAUAAGUCUUGUCACUCAAACUGUAUUUGAUUAUUGAAGACGUUUCAGGAUAGCAGCUGUGAAAAACGUGAAGGGAUCAGGAGAACAGUGUUUCCCAUAUAUUAAUGUCUGCGUAGCCCCACCCAAGUACAUUAACAGACAACAGUGGGAGCAACAGCAGGAUUCAUUUCCAGUGCACUAAUGCAUGAUCCACGCUAACUUAGUUUUUUGUCAUAUCAGUAUUUGAACAAUACAUAUUUAAUACUGCCAUAUACCCAGUCUAUAUGAGCUAAUGACUAGAGGGCUCUGUUUUACAAUGAAGUACCACAAUCUGACCACAAUAAGGAGUGACAGAGGCAGCACACAUGAAAACUACUAACUGAAACAAGGUAUGUUCAGCUGCAACUCUGUUUUCCUCCAGCAGAUGACACUAGUGGGUCAGUGGUGCCUCACUGAGAGCAGGCAACUAAAAUAUCACAGCUUUUAUUGAGCACAUAUACAGUCAUGAAUACAGUAUCUGUCUAUGGUUUGUAGUUGGGCAACAUUUUGAUCAGAUCCUGUGACACUUUGACUUAUAGAUCAAAUGUGACACACAGAAAGCUAAAAAUUCUAAAAUCCACAGUAAUUCAUGAAGACCAUUUAAAAACAUGUGACAUUUUCAUAAGGCUUAUACCAACUGCACUGAUUAGUACAAAUGAAUGUAGGCCUAUAUACUUAAUAAUAGAGUAUGCAGACCUGCUGCUACUACAUGACUUCAGUCAAUGUAUUAAUAUAGGCUAUUAACUUAACACUAUUUUUUAUUAUUACCAUAGGACGCAGCUUUUUAAAACCACAUUUGUGCAUUUUACAGCCCUUGAUUUUGAAUGAAUAGGCCAGUUAUUACUUCACUCGUUCACACAGAUACUUUGACGCUCAGUUUGGAGAGUCUCGUAUCGGACAAGCUCGUGCAACCUCUAAAUAAUCUGCAUCUAGACCGCUGGUAGGUCUAUAUGACGAUUCCUCAUCAGUGGCUUUCUUGUUAAAAUGCACCAUAGAUAUUGAGAUGUGUGUGAUUUAGGAGAUGAUGUGGAGGAUUCGAGAGGAAUCCAUGAAGCUUUUUUUCAGUUUACACCAUAAUAAACCAUUUAUAACAACAGGCGCAGCGAGCCAUAGUUUAUGUCAUCAUCAUAAUAACCAAAUUGGGCAAUGUGAGACAUUGUUUGUGCACUGUAAAACAUUUAUACUCUCAUAACAGUGCGCGCACCCUCCCUUCGCUCUGUCCCUCUUGACUUGGUGACAGACCUAAAAGCCUUUUGUUGCAAUCUUAGCCAAUGGAGACGGAUUACGACACCGGGCAGCUGAGAUAUAUAAAGAGCCCCUUUUUGACCGCACUUGCACAUUUUUCAGUGACACUUCUGAAUUCACACACCUCCAUGGACUAAAUUGUACAGAAGACCCCAAAACAACCAUUAUACUACAUUUUGAGCAGGCUAUGCAUUCAUCAGACAGAUAAUUUGUUAACUUUUAAUCAAACCAGCACGCACCGAGACACACUGGAACGUACUUUUUUUUUUUUAAUUUAUUGCAAAAUCUCCAGCUGCAAAAAAGCAACUUCGGGGUGAUCGUAUUGGAUUAGAUGCAUGCCACUGAUUCCCUGCCUUUUGUAGGAUAAGGCACACAAUAGACGCACAUCCGAGAGAGGGGAUAUAACGGGAUAAAGCGAGUGAAAAGACAAGAAAAAAUAAAGAAAAAAGUUGCAUUGCCUGGUGUCCACGCAUCGUCAUGCCGAGGUACAGCUUCUUACUGUGCUUGAUGGUGCUCAUCUCCCUGGGACAGUCGGGGAGCGAUGAGCCCAAUCUGCUGCUGCCUUCUGCCAGCGAGACGCCCACGGAUGCCGGGCUGUCCCUGCUGGACGAGGACGCCGGUUCCCACGAAUGCUCCGCCUGUGUUUGGAGGGAGCAGAGCAAAGUGCUGAGACUGGAGACCAUCAAGUCCCAGAUCCUGAGCAAGCUGCGCCUGAAGCAGGCGCCCAACAUCAGCCGGGAAGUGGUCAAUCAGCUGCUGCCCAAGGCUCCUCCGCUCCAGCAGCUCCUGGACCAUCACGACUUCCAGGGAGACGCGUCGUCCCAGGAUGAGUUUAUGGAGGAGGAUGAGUACCACGCCACCACGGAGUCCGUGAUCACCAUGGCCUCUGAGCCGGAGCCCCUGGUGCAGGUGAACGGGAAGCCAAGCUGCUGCUUCUUCAAGUUCAGCCCCAAACUGAUGUUCACCAAGGUGCUGAAGGCCCAGCUGUGGGUGUACCUGCGACCGCUACAGCAGACCUCCACCGUCUACCUGCAGAUCCUCCGAUUGAAGCCCGUCACGGAGCAGGGCAGCCGCCACAUCCGCAUCCGCUCCCUGAAGAUAGAGCUCAACUCCAGGGUCGGCCACUGGCAAAGUAUUGACUUUAAACACGUGUUGCAGAACUGGUUCAAACAGCCCCACACCAACUGGGGAAUCGACAUCAACGCAUUUGAUGAGAGCGGCAAUGACCUGGCAGUUACCUCGCUGCGACCCGGGGAGGAGGGGCUGCAGCCGUUCCUGGAAGUGAAGGUUCUUGAGACGACCAAACGUUCUCGGAGAAACCUCGGACUGGACUGCGACGAACACUCCACGGAGUCUCGCUGCUGUCGCUACCCUCUGACUGUGGAUUUCGAGGCGUUCGGAUGGGACUGGAUCAUUGCCCCCAAACGCUACAAAGCCAACUAUUGCUCCGGCCAGUGCGAGUACAUGUUCAUGCAGAAAUACCCGCACACCCACCUGGUACAGCACGCCAACCCCCGAGGCUCUGCAGGGCCCUGCUGUACCCCGACCAAGAUGUCCCCCAUUAACAUGCUCUACUUCAAUGACAAGCAGCAGAUCAUUCACGGCAAAAUCCCAGGGAUGGUGGUAGAUAGAUGUGGCUGCUCUUAGGCUGCAGGGGAGACGCACACUUGUGUACAGCCAUCACCGCAUCAAACCACCCAAAACCCUUACGGAGCUCUCCCCUGGCACCAGAACCCACUCCUCGGCACCAGAUUUCACUUUUGCUCAGCCACAAAAUCAUCCCACUGGGUUUCCAUUCUUCCAGUAAUUACAUUGAUUCAAACUGUAAAAAAAAAGUUAUAAAUUAAACAUGAAUCAAAAAAGGACUGAGUGAUGGAAAUACAGUACAUUAUGAAUGAUUUAAAGAGGUUGUCCUUGUGGAGCAGCUUCAGAAAACGGUAAAUGAGACAAAACUAUGUUAUAGAGUACGUGUUAGUUUUGUGGGAUUUUGUUUUUUAAAUGGCAUCUUUGUGAAAUGUCCAGGUUUGUGGAUUGAGAUGACAGGAGACAUAAGCAUUUACUAUAUUUUUAAAGCAAUUUCAGUCCUAAGGUGAGUUUAGAAAUACUUAAUUUCACAAAUACUAUUACUUACGGGUGAGAUUUAAACCACAAAAAUGUUUGCAAGGGGGCAUGAGAAUUAUUUUGCAAUCCAUCACUUUAACAAAAAGAACAGAAUCCAUGCUAAUGUGAGGAGGGUUUACUGUUAGAAAUACUCUUAGUAUAUAUCCAAAAUCUUGUUUACAGAUGUUUAGAGAUGUGCUCUAGAGAUGUAAAGUGUUGAGGAGAUCCAAAACCAAACCUAUACCCUCUAUUAAUGUAUAACACCCCAGUGUGACAUUCUCGAGUAUCUACGAAACCUUUCACAGUUACUUUGAUCUUUUUUUAUUUGUAGUCUUGUAAAACUCGAAAAGGAAAAGGGAGAGGAGAGGUUAUACUAUUUUAACUCUAUCUUUCAAAGCGGAUAAAUAAAGCCAGUAUAGCUAUUUCUGCCAUUCUGCAAAAGUAGAUAAUACAGAUUUAGGUUUCACUUGCACACUAAAGUCUAAAACAGUACUGUAAUGUAGACGCACUCUGAAGUCAUUCGGCACCACCUGGGAGAGGAGGAGGAGCAGGGUCCUGCAGGAUGACAAAAACCCGACAGAUUUCCUUUCUUCUAUGUAAAAAAGGAAAAUACACUUUAAUACCUUCAACUUUUGCAUUAAAUGUUUAAAACAGAGAAGUAAAUGCACUGUUUCAUAACUUGAAGAGGCCUGGGACUGAGCAUGUAAUAACCAACAGAAAACAAAAUCCAUACCCUGAAAUAAAACACUCAACGGUGUAAGUACGCUCAAGUGUUCACCUUGCUGUAACCUGAAUGCAUUAUUGAGCUGAAAAUAGCACAAAACAUGAUUACUACAAGUUUACACACCCAUACUUACAACAGCGUUCACAUCUGUGUUAAAAAACACGUGAAUUAAGAAAGAGCUUCAUUACCCAUGUCGAGCCAGUUCAUUCCCUCAAGUUUCAGAAAAGAUAAAAAAUAAAAAUGCAAAUUCCUUUAACUGCAGUACUGUGCUCAGAAAUAAUAGAUUUUAUAAAUCACAACAAACCACACACCGUGUGCAACAAAAUCAAGAGAAUGUAACUCAACCACUGACUUUAGCUUAGAGAACAUAUUUGAUUGCGUUUUGAAAUGCCCCCAUCCACCUUUCACCUCAACUGUAUCGUCAUUAUCAUAAUGGAGAAAAUAUUGUUAGUGCUUGAACACAGAGUAGAUUAGUACGCUUGAAGUCUGUCUUUGUCUCCUGGAUGUCAAAGCAAAGAUAUCCUUUUGUUGUAAACGAAAGCACUAUGCUGUUGGAUAAAGGAAGAGCCUUCUGACAUUAUAUAUAAAUGAUAUAUGUAUAUAUUAAAAAAAGGGGUACAAAAACCUUUUUUGGGGCACUCUACCUUACCAACAAUAAAUUUUGCACUAUGGGACGUUCAUGGCGUGAGGAGGUAAAGUGUUGUUUGUGUUUUACCAAGCACAAGAGAGCUUGUACAGUAUAGGAUAAAAAAAAAACUAUUCAAGCUUCUGGUGAUAAACCAUAAACUAGAGAGGUUAUCACUUCUUUUUGAUACCAUCACGCUUUCCUGACUUUUGUCUGAAGCGGGGGCCUGUCCAUACACUCACACACUUCUUCUAUCCAAUCUGGAACCUGGACGUACUGUACCAGCGGCCUGAAAGGCCUCCUUGCCCACUUUGGGUGAUAAGUCAUGUGUAUAAUAAGUGUCUGGAUCAAUGAACAUAGAAUGCUUUAACUGGAAAUGGCCCACCCACCAACUUUAAUCUGUUACCAUGUUAGAGAGACUACGUCCUUUUGACUUAAACAAUGUGUCGACUGUCGUGCAUAGACAUGUUUUUGCCUUUGUGUGUAUUUUAAGUGAAAGCACCCAUGUAAGAAUGGGAGGAGUAUCCAGGGAUUGUUAGCCAAAGUAGAGGAUGACAUGUUGUGUGCUGUAACUUUUGUGAUCGCAGGAAUAUGCUAGAACAUUUCAAAGGGAGGAAAAAAGCUGGUUUAGGGGCAGUGGUUGGAAAUAAUUCAACUGGCCAAUUGUCUAUUUAUUAAUAUUAAUUACAAUGCAUUUCAAAAUCUGUCUACCUCACUUUAGCCUUCUAAAAACCUUGCUUUUUUAAAUUUGUCAUCCAUUAAUCUGUGCAAACAUAUAACCCAUAAGAACCCACCCCCACCCCAAAAAAAAAUGUAGAUGAAAACCACAGGGUCCCCUUGCUCUCAGGUUCAGAUUGAGUUAUUGACAGAGUGACUGAUGGUAGCGGCUCUGGUAAUGUGUGGUCAAAAGAAAUAAUUAGCUGUGCCCACAUCUAUGGCUUGUUGAGAAGUUGCAUUUUGAAUUUUAGUGUUUGUAUACUGGUAUGUGUGAGAGUGUUUUCAUAUAAAUAUAUGAGAGUAAGAAAUCUCUAUGUAAAUACCUACCCAAAUGUUGACAUUUAUGAUGUUUUGGACAGGUUCACCGCUUCUAAUGUUUUUCUCACUUUCCCCCUUCAUUCCUCCGUUCUUUGUGUAGUUUAAAGAAAAAAUCACCCCAACUUUGUAGUUUAAUGGUUGUGCAUAUGAAUAACUGUUCAAUUGUUAUUUUUGCCUUUUGUUGUUUAUUUACUGUCAUUUUUCUUUUGUACAAUAAAUCAUUUAUUUAGCUUA